AUGGUGUGCAAAAGAUUCACUGAUAAGGCAUUUUCUGUGCAUAAAACAAGUCAUUUUAAAAUAAUUCCUGAUGCUGUAUUCAUCGAUUCUGAUUAUAACAUGUCAAAUAGAUUCGCUCCUUUUGUUCCUGGGAAAAGUGUAGUGAAUCUUUAUCCUGAAUGUCCGGAAGGGACUGUUGGUAAUGCUGAAUCAAAACCUGGGUAG